AUGAACUUUGACAGAAACUGUGAUUACGAUAUUGAAUAUAGGAAUCGUGGCUUUACUUUCUAUGAAGAUUUUCAAAAUUGGACAAAUUCGAGAAAGUCCUGCAUUGAUAAAGGAGGAGAUCUCGCGAUUAUUAAUAAUGCCGAAUUAGCAACAGUAUUUGAUAGUUACUAUCAUGGAAAGACGAUGUACAUCGGCUUACGUGAUCUUUAUGAUUUCAAUAUUUCCACACAAUUUGUUUGGGUUGAUGCUUUAAAUACAUCUACAAACUUGAAUUCCGAUAAUCCGUUUUUGGUAUCGUCGAGUCUACAUUAUUUUUAUUCUAGGCAACAAUCAUCGUUUCCCACCAUCGAUAAGAACAUAGUUAAAGAUACAUAUAUAUAUGCGACUUGGGAUAAUGAGCUUCAAGUGCAGUCCGACUGUGAAAAACUAGUUAGUAGACGUUCUCACCCAAGUAUUUUAUAA